CAAACACAAAAAAAAAAAUGACUGACCCGGUGGCAGCACCUGAGGAUGAGUGAAUCCGUUCCACAAGAUUCAUUUCUCCCAAAUUUGAAUUCGAAGCAGCGCCAAACGCCAAACAAAACCUCUCUUCUCUCUAUCUCUCACACACACACCUCGAUCGAUCCACAGCGAUGUGAACAAUGUCAGCGAUGGAGAAGCACGUCGCGCAGAUCUUCGAUACCACCAAGCGGAUCAUCGACCAGGCUCGCCAUGACUGCCAUCUCUGGGAGCACCAUCUCUUCCCCAAACUCCUCCUCAACGGAAUUCUCCCUCCUCCAUGGCUCUGCAACUCCACUCUUCACCCCCUCGCCUCAGAUCCCAAAGAUUUAAACAAAGAUGAUCUAGUUUCGGAAGUUCCACUCUCGCAACCACAAUUUAGAGUUGCUUUCCCAGGUUACAAAUGCAGUCUAUCCAGCAAUCUGGAUGUUGUACGUGAUUGUGUUCAAUAUCCAGUUGGUUCACACAAUGAAGUCCCUGCUCUGGUAAAAGAUUGCUACCCAGGAGAAGGGCUUUCUAAUUUGCCAGAGUGCUCCGUCAACAAUACCGGAUGUGCCUCUAGUGGUCCUGCACAAUUGGAUUGUGGUGCUAUAUCACCUCAUAAUCAGAGAGAUCCAACAGUCGCAGAUAGUUACCAUGAGCCAGCUCUGUCAAUGGCAAAGUUGCAAAGGUCUAAGUCGAGGCAGAAGGCUUUGGAGCAGCGUAAUAGUGCAAAAGCACCAAAACGCUUGUCAGUAUAUGAUAAUAACAAUGCUGGUGAAUCUGCUGGCGCAGUUGCAGGUUCUGCAUCACCAACUCGAGAGGAAGGCCAUAUCAAGGAGUCAGAUACGGUCAAAGAUUUUCAAUCAAACAUCCAAAUUUGUUCAAUGGAAGAAGGGAGAAGAGGUGACGGUCAGACUCCCAAAGAGAAGUCAAAUUACUCUGGCCGUAUAACAAGAUCUGAAAGCUUUUCCCAGAAAUUCGACUCUUUGAAUGUCACUUCUUCUAUAGUAAAGGAAGAUGGUCUUCCGCCUAAUAAUUUGGAUGAAGCAUUAGAGAUAGUCAACCCACCAUGUUUUAUAAGUGGAAGUUGUGGGGCUCAGGAAGCAAAUAAAGCAGGGUAUCAAAGCAAGGAAGCUGGAAGCACUGAGUAUGAUAAGAGAUUAACAACAUCUGGAAAUUCUAGCCAGGCAAGACACCAUAGGGAAUUGUUGAAGCGUGACAGCACCUCAGCCAGAGACAAAGGAGUUGAAGCCUGUGACUUGAUGCUACCAAAUACUACUCACAUUGAACUUACAAAUUUAAGCAAAUCCUCUGAUCGUAACAGUGGAAGUAGGAGGAAUUCCGUUGAAGAUGGUGACUUCUGCGACAGUAAACAAGAAAAUGACAUUCAUAGUCGGAGAAGACUACUCAGGAGUUCCUGUUCAUCACCAGGGAAUGAUUUUAUAAUUACUGAUGGUUCUGUGAAGUCUAUCAAUAAAUCAGUGCAAUCACCUCAACAUUUAGUUUCACAGAAUUUACAGGACCCCUCAGUGCCUGUUGUUGGGUCCUUCAGUAGUCCAAAAGAUCCUGAAUUAUGUGCAGUAAAAUCAAAAGAACGUACUAGUAGAAGUGGUUCUGUGAAGGUAUCCUCAACCCGAGGUUCAAAGUUAUUGAAGUCUCUUGGCUCCAAUUUAUCCGAGCAAAAUGCUACCUGCUCUGAACCUGCUGGUGAGAAGUCUCAGAAUGUCAGGCCUACUGAACAGGGUGCUAGAAGGUUAUCUUCAAGUCCAAAGUAUUCCAAAAUUGAUAUAGAAGUUGCCAUGGAUUCUCUUGAGAAGGAGAACGUUGCAGCACUUUCUGCCACGAAAUAUACAACGGCUGUGACUACUUGCAUAGAUGAGGGAUUGUUGAGGCCAGUGAGUUCUUCCACUUUAGGUGGUGGGUCUUUACUUGCAGAAUCACCAAACAUUGAAACAGCUGUGGCUGAGAAAGUCUUGGAUGCUCAAGAAAAUAUGAUGUUGGGUGCCAAUCCUACUGGUAUUGCUGAGCACAGAUCUGAUGCAACUGCUGCCAAGGUUGAUACUGAUUUUGAUGGAUUCUUUGAAAAAGGUCCUCCUUGUUUGGGGUCAAGACUUACUACUGGUAACCCUAUGGUUGAACCCGAUGUUCCAGUCUUGAGCCUGCCCUCUGAUUUUGUUAUGUCUAUGAUGCCUAAACAACUUGAUUUUGAUGAUGUGGAAGAGAUGAGAAUGGAUGGAAUACCCAGUCCUGAUUUGGAAGACGGACCGCAGGGAAGGCUACCAGGAAAAGAGCCUCUUACUUUGUUGGAACCAUUAAAUUUACUCGACGAGGAAACCCAGGAAAUGCAGGAAGACCUGAUCAGAGAAGAGAGGCCUCAAGUAAAAUGUCAUGCAAGUCACUUCAAUGAGGCAGAUAUGGCUAGGAGAGCACAAAAUGCUAUGUCACCAAACAAAGAGCUACCCAUGGUUGAGAAAAUAAUGUAUACUCCUAAAUCUUCUAUGAGUCAUUCAAGUGCUUCACAGGUUGCACCUGAAAAUUCAUCUGGAAGUUUGUCUAAGGAAGUCAUGGCAGAUUCUUUCUCUGAAGGAGUUACUGGAAUUGGUCUACCUAAAUACACAGACAAAAAUAAUACAAACAUCACAGCUGGGUUCCCAUUUACUGAUCCUAUGGAUGAACUGAAUGUUGGUUUGGCUCAAAGGUCCCCAAAUAGUAUUUCCUUGCGUCAAAAUGGUGACUUGUUGAAGCAGGCAUCACUCAGUGAAGGAAAAAUUACUGGGUUUUCAGCUGACUUCCAGAUUUUCAGAAGUUCCACUGAGAGUUCCACUUAUGAUGUAGAGCAUUCAUGGCCACAACAUAAGAGAAGGAAGGUUGAAACUGAACGUGAGAAAUUUCUACAUGCCUCUUCAAACUUGUUGGACAAGCCACUUGAUUCUAUUGACCAAAGGCAUGUAAGUAGAAAAUUGAGUGUUGAAGAAGUUAAUCCUGAAGCUGUACUUGAAGUUCAACAUUUGCCUUCUGAUCAGGAGGAUGAUAUAGGACAUCAAUAUUCUAGUAAUAAUAGCUUAACUGGUGAGAUGCAAAAUACCAGGGAAAGGCAAACAAUCGAAGGGUCUUCAUGUAAAGUGAGAAAAGACGAGAAACUUAUCUUGGACGGGGGAGACAGAAUUGCAGACACCCUUAAGUUGGCAGAGGCGAAUCCGUCAUUUUGUAGUGUUGACCCCACAAGGUGCUCCUCCAUACAUGAGAUGGCAGAGUUAACACAUCGUCAGGUUAAUUCUGAACAUGGAAGUGGAGAGAAUCCGAGUUGUAUUGAAAGAAGCGCCUCAAGUAGAAGAGUUUACCCUGGAGGAAAUGCUGAAUUUUCGGAUUGUUUGUCUGUUUCUUCAGGAAUCCGAUGCUUGGAUUUGAUUGAUUCAGAUGAAGCUGUGCCAGAGUUUGAAGGGUUCAUUAUGCAAACUGAUAAUGCCCAACCCUGCACUGCUGGAGACCAAGUAGAAUUGGAAAGGAUGGAUCUCCCAAUUAACUCGAUAGAUUAUGCAUCCCUUAGUCAAUCUAUGUCAACACAUUCUCCAUUGAGCUAUUCAUCAACUCCAUAUAAGUUACAUGACAUGACAGACCUCUUUCAAUCUGUACCUAAUGGACUUCUGGAGGGCUUUGGUCUGAGGAAUUCGAUUCCUCUAAAUGAUGGGAGUCGAAGGGCCCUUUCCGACUGUGUGCCAAAUCGUCAGGGUCAAUAUACAUGUUCAGUUCAAACUCUUUGGGAUAGAAUUAAUUCGAACCAUGGUAGUUCAGGGAAGCGCAAGAGUUUAAAAUCAGAGCUUCCCUGCAUUAGUGAAGAAAAUGAAAAUGUAGAUGAGAUUGAGGGUACAUUCGAUAAAGGCAUUGGCUUAGAAGGAAUGACUGGGUCAAUUACAAGAGAGCCACUAACUGAGAUUAUAGAUAAUUCAAACCCUUCUACAUCAGUUGUACAAGAUAAUAUAUUAACUGGUGGACAUGUAGAUUUAGUAAGCACAGAGUUUAGCUUUAGUGGAACUCAAACUAAGGUAAAAAGGAAGCUUGGUGAACAGGAUGGAAACCGAAGAUUUACGAGAAAAGCGAAGGAGAACCAGAGUCUAUCUUUUGGAGCAAAUGGUGCCAAGAGGACCACUCCGUCAAUGCACAAAAGGUCCAGUAGGCCAAAGUUAUCUGGAAAAGAUAGUUUGAGACGACAAGGUGCCCCUAACUCUGAGGUUAAGUCUGCACGCAAGAAUAUUGUAUCCAACAUCACUUCCUUUAUUCCAUUAGUGCAACAAAAACAAGCAGCAGCAGUGAUUACAGGCAAGAGAGACAUCAAAGUGAAGGCCCUGGAGACUGCUGAGGCUGCCAAGCGUUUAGCGGAAAAGAAAGAGAAUGAGCGCAAGAUGAAGAAGGAGGCAUGGAAAAUUGAGCGGGAAAGAAUGGAGCAACAAAAGAAGGAUGAAGAGCGAAAGAAAAAGCAAGCAGAAAUGGCAGCAAAGAAAAGACAGAGGGAAGAUGAAGAAAAAAAGGAGAAAGAAAGAAAAAGGAAGCAGCCGCAGGAGGAGCAUAAGAAGAUACAUUCUAAGAAAGAAGAGUUAGAAAUACAGCGCCGAGCCACAGUAAAUGCGGAGAAUGUUUCUGAAACUGAGCCUUUGUCUAUCAGGGAUUCUGUAUAUGAUAAAACAAAAGAAAGCUGUCUCGAACUUUCGGAGUCUGUGCAUGAUUGCGCUACUAAUGGAAAGGUAAUGGGUAAUUUCGUCAAAGCCACAGAAGAUUCUCAAGAGCUAUCAUACGAGAUGUCUCCAUACAAAGGCUCAGAUGAUGAAGAUGAAGAUGAGGACAUACCAAAUAAUAAGUUUAUUCCUUCAUGGGCAAGUAGGCAUAGCCUGUUUCUGAGUGUUUCUUCCGAGAAAAGGGACCCAGAAAGGAUAUUUUCUCUGCGAAGUUUUUGUGAUAUAGAUACCGUAACUGGAGCUUCCGAGGCACCAAAAAAAUGAAAAUGGAUUGCAGAACGUAAUGAUUCUUCCAUUUCAUAAUACGGGAUUUUGCUAAGAUUUUUGAAGAUGCGUGCAUUAAGAAUUAUGGUGUAUCCGCGAAGAUGUUUCCUUCCAUAUCUUUCCCUCAGCUGAGCAAAGAAUCACAAUAAGAUCUUUUGACGCACCCUCAACUCUGCUGCUGCUAAUGAUCGCAUUCGGGGAAGGAGUCAGGAGUGUCCUUUUGUACAGUUUAAUCAUCAGAAAAUGUCUUAUGUUGAGAUGACUCAAAUUUCCCCCUGAUUGAGGCUGCAGUUAGCCUUACGCUAAAGUGGCUCUGACCAAAUUAGAGAAGCACAAAAUUUAGCCCUCAAUGUCUAGUUGAUCAGCGGAGAGUGUCAUAAUAUAAUUCUUGGGUAAUACGGUUGAGUUUUAGAUGUACUAAUUUGGUACAUUGUUUUAAAUUUAAUCUAGAAGAUGUAUUAUAAUUA